AUGAGCGAAGAUAAGCGAAACGGCAAGGACGCACCGUGGGAGCUGUCGUAUGGGCGUGAUGGUGCGGGCUUUAACGGAGACGAUUUGGACAAAUUUCUUGAGCAUGGGUCCAAAGCAGCGCGGCGGGCCUCGAACGAACAGCUUGUGUCAUCACACCUCUCACAGUGGAACUAUAACCAGAAUCGGGGAGCGUUGAUGCAGGGCAUCGAGGAGGCAUCAGAGCUGGUGAGCGAUUUGGUGCGGGAGAACGAUGAGAGACCGAUGCAUGUGCCAGACAAUGAUCUACAGAUUUUACAAGUGAGCUUGAGGUUGGAUGGCAACUGGAAGGAUGACUUGACGCUUGACAAGGAGGCGUUGGCACAGAUUUUCAAGACACGCGCCACCUCUGCGCUCGAGCAUCUUGCGAAGUUGCUGGUUCGCGUGCAGGACACCUCUUCGAAGGUGUUCAUCACGGGCGACCUCAACGCGGGCAAGUCGACGUUGUGUAACGCUUUGUUGAGGAAACGGCUUCUACCCGAGGACCAGCUUCCGUGCACGAAUGUUUUUUGCGAGAUACUUGAGGCCCGCGAGAACGAGAACGUAGAGCAGGUACAUGCCAUUCCUGUUUCCAUCGCAGCAACUGUGAAGGAGGCCUACGACGCGUAUAAUAUCCUGGACCAGACUACGUAUCAGGUAUUCCCACUUGAGAAGCUUAACAGUCUUGUGCACAAGAACACAGAGUACUCGCUUCUAAAGAUAUACAUACGCGAUGACCAGCGGCCUGCAGAAUCCAGCUUGUUGAGAAAUGGCACUGCUGAUAUCGCUUUGAUCGACUCGCCCGGGCUAAACAUGGACUCUGUGCAGACGACUGAGGUUAUGUCGCGUCAGGAGGAAAUCGAUUUGGUGAUAUUUGUCGUUAAUGCCGAAAAUCAGUUGACCUUGUCAGGGAAAGAGUUCAUUUCUACAGCUUCCAAGGAGAAGAAGUUAAUGUUUUUUGUUGUGAAUAAGUUCGACCAUAUCAAAGACAAACAGCGUUGCAAGAAAUUAAUUUUAGACCAGAUUAAAGAGAUUUCGCCGGAGACCUACAAACAAUCUACAGAGUUUGUCCACUUCAUCUCCAGCGAGGGUGUAUUUAUUGAUGAUUCAAAUGGAAAUCCGGAUGGUAGUGACCCAGAUGAUAAUGAUAAUGAUAAUGAAAAUCGUCAUGAACCAGACCCAGACUUUGAUGGCUUGGAAAACAGCUUGCGUAACUUUGUGUUGAAGAAGCGGUCGCUAUCUAAAUUGCUGCCCGCUAAGACGUACCUAAUGAAAUUGUUGUACGAUAUCGAAAAGAUCUCCUUGUGGAACGUUCACGUUUAUAAGGAAGAAGAAAACCAGCUAACGUCCGAGUUGGAAGAGCUAGCUCCAGUCAUCAACGGCACAAGAACGCACUGUUCAAAACUCACCGAAGCGGUCGACAGGAAGACUGACGAACUUGUUAAUGACGUUUACGACUUCACCAAAAGACGCAUUUUAUCUUCACUCGAAGUUACUCAUAGCGAUUUCCCUCGCUACGAUGGCCUUUCAAAUAUCCAUGACUAUAUUUUUAGGGCCAGACAAUAUAUUAUCGACCAGAUCAAGUCCAGCGUUGUGAGCAGCGAGUUGUAUGCUAGGAACUCUACUCAGCAGGUUGUGAACGAAAUCAACGAGUUGGCCAAGAACGAGCUAGGCAACGACUUCAUGUCUGACCGUGUAUUCCAAAGUGACCUCAUGUUCUCCAGAAAAAAACAUUCUCUAGGGAAGAAGCUCAGCGUGCCUUUCAAUGUCCAAGAUCUCUGGGCACCCUCCUGGGAUGGCUUCCUCUCAUACGUCACAUGUGGUUUUCAGGUGUGGAAUUCUGGCGUUUCUACCGAACCGGUAAAGUCACACGAGCUCACGGACCGCCUAGGCCUCUCCACUUACUCCAUCAACAAGUACUGGACCUCACCCUCUUUGCUUCUUACGUCACGCAUCCCAGCUCUUGCGGUCUACUCCUACGGUGGUGUUAAGCUAGUCACCAACCUUCUACUCUACGGAACGCGCUUUUUCAGUUGGCAGUCCCUUCGUAAGAUUUCCACCUCGUUGCUGCUUGUGGGUUCCGCGCUCGGCGCUGCAUACAUCAUCAGUGACUUACCGCGUGCCCUUCCAAUUAAUUUAUCUAACAACUACAGAAAGAAGUUGCACGACCUGGACUACAUCCAUGCCAACGCUGACCGCAUUUCGAAGGAGGUACGCGAGGUCCUAAAAAUCCCUACCCGGGAGGUGGUUAAGUCCUGUGAGCUCGUUCUCGACAAGAAACAAGAACAGAAAAGGAAGCUUGAGGUCAAGAUGCAAAACAACGCCUUGAGCGUCGAUUUUUUCCACCGUUUAGCACAGAGAGCAUCUGUGCACAGAGGGAUGGUUGAAGAAAUUAACUUAGAAGUAGACUAA